CUGGCCGCACUUCGCCUCUGCCCGACUGACUCGCUAUGGACCGCGACUGCUCCUGCACCGCCACCGGUGGAUCCUGCGCCUGCGCCAGCGCCUGCAAGUGCAAGGAGUGCAAAUGCAGCUCGUGCAAAAAGAGCUGCUGCUCCUGCUGCCCCGCGGGCUGUGCCAAGUGUGCCCAGGGCUGUGUGUGCAAAGGCGCCGCCGACAAGUGCAGCUGCUGUGAGUGAUCCCGAAGAGGCUGCUUCCAGGUGUAAAUAGAGCAACUGGCAUAAACCUGCUUCUCUUUCUUUUUUUUGCAUUUUUUUAAAAAAUAACCCUGAUCUGCGGCUUCAACCCUUGGAAUAUGUAAAAGAAAAAAAAUAAAAAGACCUCUUCAUUUGA